AUGGCGUCUGAGAAGUCAAACAACAAAUACGAUGUGGUCAUCGUGGGCGCGGGCAUAUCCGGCAUCAACUUCGCGUACCGACUGCAGGAGCGGAACCCCAACCUCAGCUUCGUGAUCCUCGAAGGAAGACAUGAGAUCGGCGGGACGUGGUCUCUCUUCCAGUAUCCAGGUAUCCGCAGUGACUCCGACCUCUACACAUUUGGAUUUCCCUGGAAGCCAUGGAAGGCCGAGAGCUCCAUUGCCAAGGGCGAGUCGAUCAUCAAUUACAUGAAGGAGGCAGCCAGUGAGACUGGCAUCGACAAGAAGAUCCUGUUCCACCACCACGUCAAUGAAGCCAACUACUCAAGCCAGGACAAGGCCUGGAAGUUCAAGGUUACCGCCAAUGGCUCCGAGCAGAAGGAUUUCCAAGCUCGCUUCUUCCUCAUGUGCACGGGAUAUUACGAUUAUUCCACCCCUUUACAAACCGAAAUCCCCGGUAUUGAAAGCUUCAAGGGCCGUGUCAUCCACCCGCAAUUCUGGCCCAGAGAUCUCGACUACGAGAACAAGGAGGUCGUGGUUAUCGGCUCUGGUGCCACCGCUGUGACUCUCAUCCCGUCGAUGGCAGACAAAGCGAAGCAUGUCACGAUGCUCCAGCGCUCUCCCAGCUAUGUCAUGUCCAUGCCCAAAGAGGAUGGCCUAGAGAGAGCAAUUCGAGGGUACACCCCAUCCUCGUGGCACGACAAGCUCAUUCGAUGGAAGUGGCUGGUAGUCCCAUUCUUGAUGGUUAACCUUGCUCACUACUUUCCCAAAGUCGUCCGGAAGCUGUUCCAAUCUGCGAUACAACCGCAGCUGCCGCCGAGCAUGCAAAUGGACCCACACUUCAACCCCUCAUACUACCCGUUCGAGCAGCGAGUGUGUUUCUGCCCGGAUGCAGACUUUUACAAGAGUCUGCGUGCCGGCAAGUCAAGCGUUGAGACCGGCGUGGUCGAUACCGUCACUCCCAACUCCAUCCGUCUAAAAUCUGGCAAGGAGUUCAAUCCCGACAUCAUUGUCACCGCCACAGGCCUCAAACUGCGUAUCGCUGGCGGCAUGCAGAUUACCGUGGACGAGAAGCCCUACAACAUCCCAGACCACUUCGUGUGGAAGGGCAUCAUGCUUGAGGACCUCCCCAACUGCGCCUUUGUGAUCGGCUACGUGGAUGCUUCGUGGACGCUCGGCGCCGAUGCCACGGCUCAGCUGGUGACUAGAAUGCUCAAGCAGAUGGAGAAGGAAGGAGUUGCUGAGGUCAUUCCAAGACGGUCUACAGCAGAGAAGACGUCCAUGCAACAGAAGCCGCUUCUGAAGUUGACGAGCACCUACAUCAAGAAGGGAGGUAAUAUUCUGCCGAUGACUGGAGACAGCGGGCCUUGGAAGGCGAGGUCUUACUAUUACAAGGAUCUGAUGAUUGCGUGGUAUGGCAACAUCAAGGCGGGGAUCGAUUGGAACCGGGCAUGA